AGCCGACGCAUCGCAAGUUCGCGCUAGUCCAGUCCUCGCCCUCCACAUCCUCCGCCAUCGCCGACGUCCCCACCAUGUCGCCGGCGACCGCCGCCGCCUCCGUGUCCUGUGCCAUCCUCCGACACCAGCCGCCGCCGGCUUCCCCGCGACCUCCUCCUUCCGUCAACGCCCACCUCCUCCCGUCGCGGCGGUGGUGGGGCCAGCGGCCGCUCCGAGCCACCGCGCCCCCUCGUCGCCUCCCGGUGGCCGUGCGCGGCGGCGCCGACGUCCCAGAGUACCUGCCCAAGUCGGAGUUCUACAAGGUGGAGGCCAUCCUGAGGCCAUGGAGGGUGCCCUAUGUGUCAUCGGGUUUGCUGCAAAUGGGGAUCAGAGGCGUGACGGUGUCCGACGUGCGGGGAUUCGGGGCGCAGGGCGGAUCAACCGAGAGGCAUGAAGGGUCAGAAUUUGCAGAAGAUACCUUUAUUGAUAAAGUUAAGAUGGAAAUAGUGGUGACCAAGGAUCAGGUUGAAGCUGUAGUUGACAAGAUAAUUGAAAAGGCAAGAACAGGAGAAAUUGGCGAUGGAAAAAUAUUUUUAAUACCCGUCUCGGACGUGAUAAGAAUACGCACUGGCGAGCGAGGGGAGCAAGCGGAGAGGAUGUUGGGAGGGCUGGCAGAUAAGCUGUCCUCAGCGAUACCAAUCUCAUGACCUCCAACAUGGACCUCAGACCCUGCAAGCUGUAUAAACUCUGAAGGUACACUCCCCUUUUGAUACACAUUGUGCAAACCUGAGCAACAAUAAGCUGUAAUGCAAUGCCCUCAGUCUCAGGAAUUGUACACAACAAACUCAUGAAACUGUGCAGCAUUGUGUACUGGGUUGCAAUAUAUAUGUGGUGGUGAAGACA